CCUCGCCGCUAUAAAACUUGCUUAUCGGCAGCGGCGCGAGCUCAGUCGCUGCAGGCGCGGGCAAAGCGAUGGCUGACAAGUACCGGCUGCUGCUCAAAAACGCUCGACAAGUUGUCCAAGUUGUAGACAGUGGACAAAAAAUCGUGAAAGGAGAUUCCAUGAAGCGACUGGCGGUCCUGCAAGGAAACGAUGUUACUUUCAGCAUUGUGGUGAAUCAGUUUGGAAGGAUAGCUGCGAUAGACGAAAGCAGCAUUAUCGCCAAGAACUACGAAAUAAGUCAGUUUGAAGAAGUCAUCGAUGCCACUGGUUGCUGCGUUCUCCCAGGACUCGUUGACUCGCACACGCAUCCAGUAUGGGCAGGGGACCGUGUGCACGAAUUCGCGAUGAAGUUAGCCGGUGCGACGUACCUGGAGAUCCAUGAAAAGGGGGGCGGAAUCCACUUCACGGUGAAGCACACGCGCGAUGCCAGCGAGGAGUAUCUGCUGGAGAGCCUGGUGGAGCGGCUGGACGCCAUGCUGGCAGCUGGCACCACACUUGUCGAGGCCAAGUCCGGCUACGGACUCGACCUACAGACCGAGCUCAAGAUGCUGCACACAAUCGAGAAGGCUCGCAUAAGGACGCCGAUAGAGAUAUCCAGCACCUACUGCGGAGCACACGCCGUCCCUAAGGGAAAGAACGCGGAAGAAGCCACCGAGGACAUCGUGACGAGGCAGCUGCCGGAUAUAAAGAGGCGCAUUCUGGAAGGCACGCUGACCGUCGAGAAUAUCGACGUGUUUUGCGAAAAGGGCGUCUUUGACGUGGAGAGCUCGCGCAAGAUCCUACAGGCCGGUCGCGAAGCGGGCCUCAGGCUCAACUUCCAUGCCGAAGAGCUGAACUGGAUUGGCGGAGUUGAGAUGGGGACAUCGCUGGGUGCCGAGGCCAUGUCGCACCUGGAGUGCGUGUCCGACGCCGGCAUCGAGGCCAUGGCCAAGGCGGGAAGCGUGGCAGUAGUGCUGCCAACGACGGCGUUCCUGCUGCGGCUCGAGCCUCCGCCCGUGCGCCGUCUCAUCGAGGCCGGCGUGGCCGUUUCCCUGGGUUCGGACUUCAACCCGAACGCCUACUGCCUAGCCAUGCCCAUGGUGAUGUACCUGGCUUGCGUGGUGUGCGGCAUGAGCCUCGAAGAGUCACUGGUGGCGGCCACCAUAAACGGCGCCGCCUCACUGGGCCGCUCCUCGACGCACGGCUCGCUCGAAGUGGGAAAGUGCGCCGACAUGCUGGUGGUGGAGGCGCCAUCCUGGGAGCAUCUAGUGUACCGCUUCGGCUGCCACGACAGUCUCAUCAAGUGGGUCGUCAAGGCUGGAAAGGUCGUUCACCAGAGGGCCGUCCCUGUUCAUUACCAGAGCGCCUUCCGCUGGUGGCGAGAGACUUUGAGGCGGCAUUCGCGAUGCUUUGGCUUCAGGUCUCGCCGUGGCUACAGAGUGCAUUUUUUCUUGCAUCGAAGGUGAAGGGAAAUGGCGUAAUUUUUUUAUUUUGUAUCUAUGCGGGUUCUUACCCGCAUACAGUGACAGUGAUAAGACCGCAGUGGCCUUAUCUUAAUCAUGGCUGGCUUAAAGACAUCCUAAAAUCAGUUCAAUCUGACAAUGUGUUCUUUCGAAACUGUACAUUCGUUAAAUUCGCGGCAAAAUGGCUGUUAUCGGAAGGAAGAAAAUAACACCACAAGGCCAUUCGUUGAGUUUCGCGUCGGAUGACCAACGCCGGCACGUCGUGACGUCAUAAAUUUUGAAUAUGUUUUCCUUCAUAUAUGUCGUUGUGGCUCUGUAACCGUUUUUGAAACUUGCAAUGUUCAGUCUUCGGUUGUUUCAGACUGCAACGUAGCUUAUCUUCAACGAUAAAAAAAAAAAAAAAAACUAGGCCCGGAAAGACGCCUUCAAGAUCCAUGACGUCAAGGCAGAGCUGAUUUGGGUAAUCCAAGCUGGCGUCAACAUAAGUGCCUUUUUUUGUUUCUGUUCUGGAUUGCCAAAACAUUUUCUAACGACGAAACAGGCGACAUUAGUGUUUAUGGAAAAACACAAUUUAUUCAAAUACAGCUCAAUUUAUCUUAUGUGUGUUCUCUUAACACAGCAGUGCAGUUCUGCUUUGAUCUCACCUUGUAGAUCUUAUGAGAAAUAAACUGAAAAGUUAA